CAUUGGCUGAAAGUGCGCCUUCGAGCAGCGCUCUCUCGCGGUCGUCCCGACUGCCACACAGGCUCUUCCCUCUUCGAAGCCAUUCUUGGAUGGGAUGCGUUCUAUGCAGAAGCGUUAGUUAGGCCUACUGUUUGCCGACAGUUUAGAGUUUACUGCCGCUGGCUGCCUUGUGCGUGUCUCGACAUUGCUCGAAGCCGACCACUUCUCGAAUGCUGUGCGAUGUGCGAAACGACGAAACGUGCUCGAGCGACGCGUUGGCUGCGAAGCGACCUCCGGAGCCAUCUGCCGUUGUGAGUUGAGGCUCUUGGCCUCCCGCCUGCCACUGGCGUCUCUCCGUCGUGUUGCUGCUUGGGGUUCCUUGUGCAGCGAACCUUCCUGUUUCUCAUGUGCCCGCGUCAGUGCCGGUCGUGCCAUGUGAAAGCGAGUGUCUUCGGAGUGCACUGACAUGGCCCAAAAUGGCGGAAGUCGCCAACAAGAAGUCAUAACGCUGGGCCAACCGCGACCGGGCACCGCACGAAGGCAGAAUGAAUACAUUGACACUCCUCUGAGGCCAGCACCGCCGGCAGCCACCAAAGUCUCCCGGCGUGAUGUCGUCGCUGUCACGUCUCAGCCACUGGUCACCAAGAAAGAGAAACCACCAGUGGAACCCGCAGUCGACCUGUCAAACCAUGAGGAUUCCAUCAUUUGCAAGAGAUGCGGCCGGUGCCGAUGUGACGCCUGCCAAAAUCCACGGCCGCUGCCUUCGCGCUGGAUAUGUAACGACAAGGUACAGUGUUCAGCGCACGCUAUGGUGGACUACUGCUCGUGUGUCUGCUGCGUUAAAGGUCUCUUCUACCAUUGGGCAAAGGACUACGACCUGGACACGGACGUGUCUUGUGCGGACAAACCGUGCUCCUGCGGACCCCACCGGCGCUGCUCUCGUUGGUGCUGCCUGGGCGUCCUGAGCUUCGUGUUGCCGUGUUUGUGUUUGUACUGGCCCCUGAGGGGCUGCGUGAGGGCCUGUGAGGCCUGCUACUCGUCGUGUUCGUCUAGGGGAUGCCAGUGUGACCGGACGCCUGAGCGGCCGAGCAAGCGACUCUUAGAACAGCCAUCAGGAUUAUGUGAAUGAAAACCGCUGUGCGUGCUUGUUGUUGCUCCUCCUGUAAAUAGGGCGGUGUUGUUUCGGCGAGGUGGAUGAUGAUCAUGACCUGUGGCAGCGGUUCAUGUAAAACGCGCGAUUAUUCACCUUUUUUUUUUUGUAUAUUUGGUUACGGCAGGAACUUCGACGGGACGAGACGUGAGUUAAAACACCACUCUUUUUUUGUUUUGUAAUAAUAUUCACCAAGGGGGUUGCACGGCGGGCCAUUUUCCGACUCCCUGUUGGCUCUGAUAUCUAUACCUUUCGCCACAAUUCAGUUCCACAGCGAAGUUCUUUUAUUUAUAUUGGGUUUGAGCCGCAAGUGUCCAAAUAGUGGUCAUCCAAAGCAGACGACGGCACUUUCUACGAAGUUGCCAGGCUGCCUGUGGGAAGAUUGGAAAGUGGUCCGUGCAGCGGCCCCUCGGCUUACGAUGUGCGUUCGUUGAGUUGUUUUAACUUCUUUGUACAGUAGAUGUAAAUAAUGCAAUUAAUGUUUCCUUUCACGCUGUCUUUCUCCAAGCAAGAAAUGUCUUCCCAUUUUCCACGACCUGUGGUCAUGUCCGCGACAACGGCAAAGCCGGGGUUGUAGGCUGAGCCUAAAAGUCGUGCAGUUCUUUCGAAAAAAGGGUACUCCAAUAUUUUUUACUUCACGUAGGAAAAGCUCAUCUCAGGGAAGUAGGAAAUAACGCGCAGGAAUAGGUAACCUUUCCAGGAAAUAGCGGGAUAGGCAAAUUUGCGCUGUGCUCUAGGGGGCCAAAUUCGGAGCAGCGUGAUCGUUGUGUACAGCCCUGUUAACUUUCCUGUGGACAGCUUCAGUUGUACUGUUCGUGGUGACUCUUAAGUCAGCAAGGUGUUAAAUGUCUUCCACAAAGUUAACGUGUUCCAAAAGAUGCAUUUCUGCAGACGAAAAUUUUUGUGCUUUCUCCGUGCUGCUCGUUUAUUUUUUGUGUCACAUACAUCAACCUGUCUCACCGUUGGUGAAUUUCGUAAGAAGCAUAUUCCAUUUCAUCGUCAUAGACAUAGUGUUAGUACAAACACCAAAAAGGAGACGUCGAAUCUUGUGGGUACAACACUAACUGCUGUGGUGGUCACUAGAGGGAUAUGUUGGUGGCUGUCGUCUGGGGACAGAGCUCAGGGAAAAGUUCAUAAUAUGUGGACGUUUUGUAAUUGUUUCACUCUGUGUAGGACAUCGUUUGACAAGAAACUCCUAGAAUGGCUUAUUUGCACCACAUAAAUUUGCACAGGCAAACAGCAACGUACAGAGCAGCCACACACUAUUCGUGACAAAAGACUGAACGUUGCAUAAGUAAAGGAACAUUGGGCUUAUCACAUCGUCAAUGAUGUUUCGGACAUGUGUCCUGGUGUUGUUUGUACUGACACUAUGGACUCAAUGGGGUACCCUUUUAUUUUCCUGUUUCUCUAACCCUGAAAGUUCAAAGAAAUGUCACUUUUCUUGUUGAUGUUUGUCUCUCUGCGUUCCUUAAAACCACACAAACCUGUCUUUGUACAAAGUGUAUUUAACAAAUUGCUGUGGCAGCCCCCUUUCUUAUUUCGACUGGGUAAACGUGAGACAAAAAUAGACCGAUCAUUCUCUUAUGUCUGUCUAAACACCAUUGAAUGAUUUAGGGAUGAAAAAUGUGUUAGACAGUGGUGCCCUCUAUGCAGCAGAUGUGGAUUUAUUUGUAAAUAGCCAAGUGAAGUUCACAAUCGGCGUCUGCUUAACCAGCAUUGGACAAACUAUUUAUUUGCUAAAGAUCGAGUCUUGUAAAUGUUGAAUGAAGGGUGGCAACAAGAUGAGGUAUAUAAGUAAAUAGAGAAAUAUAUUAUAUACAAAUAUUUAUAUUUUUUCUGCAAGCAGGGCACUGCAUCCAUGCCCCCCCAUCUCUUUCUUCGAGAAACAUGUUUUUCUUCAGAUGAUGACGAUAUUGUUACUAUUAUUUUUAGAUCCUUUUUUUUAGGAAGUGAAUUGAUUCCGAAGCAAAAUGAAGCAGUCGAAAUAAAGUUCUUAGCCUGGUCAAGAAUUAUGCUUCUGGGUUU